AUGGUGCGAUUAAAUGUUCUUGCUGAUGCACUGCGCUCAAUAUGUAACGCUGAAAAGCUCAUCAUCCGGUUUCUUGGCGUGAUGCAGCGGAAGGGAUAUAUCAGUGAAUUCGAAAUCAUCGAUGAUCAUAGUGUGGAGUCAUCAGUCCUCGUUUCGACGUGUCCGUUCGCGAUAAUGAGAAGUGGACGAGCAAUCUACUUCCUUCGCGUCAGUUCGGUGUUAACAACGAGCAGUGGAAUUAUGGAUCACGAGGAGGCUCACCGGAAGCACCUGGGAGGGAAGAUAUUGGGAUACUUCUUCUAA